CCCCCGUCCCCCACUCUCGCCACUUCCGGCCCGCAGGCCGGGUGGCAGCGGGCCACCCCCACUCUCGCACCGCGGACGGUGGCAGGGUUUUAGCGGAGAAAGCGAGCGCUGGGGGCUCAGAUCGCCACAGCAGCAAAUGCAAGGAAAACACUCGUAACUCAUUUCAGGCGCCUAGAAAUGGAUAAAGUAGUGAACUGCCUAUAUAAAAGACCUGAAGCUCUUUACAGACUUAUCUGCUUUCCCUGGGCUGGAGGUGGAUCCAUUCAUUAUGCCCAGUGGGGAAAUCACUUCAACAAUUCAGUAGAAGUUUACUCUAUACGUCUUCCUGGAAGAGAAACUCGUUCUAAGGAACCUAUUACACAGAACCUUCAGCAACUUAUUGAGGAAAUUUCCAGCACCUUGCUGCCUAGCCUUAAAGAGAAGCCCUUUGCAUUUUUUGGUCACAGUUUUGGAGCAUAUCUCAGCUUUGCUACAGCAGAGUACAUAAAAAGAAAUCACGGUUUGGAGCCUGUGCACCUUUUUGUAUCAGGUGCUUCAGCACCACAUGAAGAAGAUGCUACCCAGGCCAUGAUGAAAGAGGAGUCAGCAGCUCGCUACCCCAUUCAGAAGAGAUCAGAGCUCCCAGAUGCUGAAUUCUUGGCCUGGAUGACAUCCAUUGGUGGUACCCCAUCUGAAAUUCUUGCCAAUAAAGACAUUCUGCAACUGUUUGUCCCAGUUUUAAAAGCAGAUCUUAGACUUGUGGAAUUAAUUAGAUACGAAAAACCUCAGAACAAGCUCUUCUCUUGUCCUAUCAGCAGCUUUGAUGGAAAAGAGGAUGUACCACAUGACCUUGGAGCCUGGAACGACUUAACAAGUGGAGAAUUUACCAUCCACAAGCUUCCUGGAGGCCAUUUUUACCUCAAAGAGCCAGAUAAUGAAAAGUUUUUAGUAACUUACAUUACAAAGCAUUUAGAAACAGCGGAUGUCCACUAUCUUUAAAGGCCAGAUAGCUUUGGAUUGAGUAAAUUCUGAAUGUUCACCCUACGUGAUAGGGAGCUUAUAACUUGGGGAGUUGAUGCAGAAUCAUUGUGCUGCCUACAACUGUAAAACUUUUAACUCGAACUCAGAUGUUUCAUUAAUAUUAAAGUUUCAGUUCCCUUUACAAUAUUUUUCGAAGAAAAUGAAAUGCAUCAACAGGAUAGAAAAUGGAGGCAGCUUUGAAAUGCAAUGUUUUCAAAGUAAUGUUGAACAGAUGACACCAUAACUAAAUGUUUUUUUUAAUGAGUGCAUCAGCUGUUUGAAUUUUAAUUCCGUAUAUCUUGCAACCAAUCUGUAUAGACAUAACACUGAACAUUGCAGAAGGAUUUCAUUUCAGCAUUAGGAACGUCUAUAAUAUUGUAUCAAGUUUAACAAAGUUUUUUUUGCCUUUUUGUAAACUUACUAUAAUGUGUUCUUGUUCCACAUUUAAGCACUGUGAACUUGAAACUACACCUGGGGACAGUACCAUAUGAAGGCCUAAUUAAUAGGUUCAGAAGAAAUUCCUUCAUUUGUUAUUUUUAGCACAAGCUGUGCCUGUCAGGUGACAAGCUGGGCAGAAUUCCGCCAUGGGAAUGCAGGAAUUCCCCCAGGCAUACCAUCAUAGGUGUCCUUAGGCAUAAGGGUUAAGGCAGAAGACUGUCCUCUCUAUGGUUCAACUCCCAGGACAUGUUAAGUGAAAGCAUGGGAGAUUCAUGUUCUGCACCAGGUUGCAGCUCCCUCACUGGAUGCUACACCACCAUUCCACCCUUCACGGAUUUUGGGACCAAGGUGUUUACUUAAUCCAUAAUGCUGUUUAAUUUCCUGUAUUUCUUUAGAAUCCCAUUAAAAUAAGUUUUCAUGGAA